GCUCCAGACCCUACUCCUGUAGCACUGCAUGGGAUUGCUGUGACCACAAUGCAGGACCUGACACUCGGUCUUGUAGCAGCUCAUUCCAUUGGCCCGGUGAUCCAGCCUGUCCAGAUCCCUCUGUAGGGCCUUCCUACCCUCACGCAGAUUGACACUUCCCAACAAUUUGAUGUCAUCUACAAAUUUACUGACGGUGCGCUCAAUCUCCUUGUCCAGACCGCCAAUAAAGAUAGUAAACAGGACGAGCCCUAAUACACAACAGUAUAGGCAGAAAAGCAGCUCCUGGAAGUGCUUUCUGAAAGCCUGAGCACUCAUCAGGGGUCUCUGCCUUCCCCAUCCCAUCCCAUGACUGCUAAUCAGGCCUCCCGGUGCCAAGUUCAGGGAUUUGGACAUUAAUGCUCCAGCAGACCGUGAACCUCGUGACAGUUCAGGGUGCUUCUCUCCUCUCCCUGGCUGCUGCUGCUUGAGUGUAACACUCCAGCACAGCUUUGGGUGAUUAUCUUUGGGUCCUCUAAAAUCCCUGUGGCCGAGCCCCUAUGAAAAUGCACCCACAGGGCAACAUUGCUUUGGGGAGGGGUCAAAAUUCCCCUGCCUUUUAAACAGGUGGCAGUGCGGUGGGUGGGGGGAUGGACAGCCCCAUUGCAGUGCAUCCAUAGGAUCUUGAGGCAUGCUUUGAAAACACCGCCCGAAACGUAGGGCCCCCUUCGGCAAAAUAAAGCUCUUUUUGAUCUCCGUGGGCUCACAUUGUUGCAAGAACAUCUCCUGGGGAGAGAAGUUAGUGGUUUAUUUGUGUUGCUGUUACGGAGGAGUUUGAUGCCGUGCCAAACGCUGCUCUCUCCCCCAGAAGCUGCAGCAGCGAUGCACUGGGGAGCAGCGGCAGCCAAAGCACAGCAGCCCGGCACAGCGGCACCCGCGUAGAUGACGGUGCCCAGGCGUGAGCCCCUGUCCCAGCGCAGCACUGCCGCCAUGCCCCAACAGGACGAGGGCAAGAAGCCGCCCGCGGAGACGGCGCCGGAGCAGCGCUGGAAGCUGCAGGUCUUCUACCUGUGCUUCUAUGGCUUCAUGACGCAGAUCCGGCCUGGGGAGAGCUUCAUCACACCCUACUUGCUGGGACCUGACAAGAACUUCACGAGGGUGGAGGUGACUAACGAGAUCACACCGGUGCUGACGUACUCCUACUUGGCGGUGCUGGUGCCCAUCUUCCUGCUGACGGACUACCUGCGCUACAAACCGGUGCUGGUGCUGCAGAGCCUGAGCCACAUCUCCAUCUGGCUUCUGCUGGUGCUGGGCACCUCCGUUUUGGCCAUGCAGCUGAUGGAGUUUUUCUACGGUGUCACCAUGGCCGCACGCAUCGCCUACUCCUCCUACAUCUUCUCCCUCGUCGCCCCGUCCCGCUACCAGCGCAUGGCCAGCUACUCCCGCUCCUCCGUCCUCCUGGGCGUCUUCACCAGCUCGGUGCUGGGACAGCUCUGCAUCACGCUCAGCAGCGUCUCCUUCCUCACCCUCAACUACGUCUCGUUGGGCUUCGUCACCUUCGGCCUGCUCCUCACCCUCUUCCUGGAGCGGCCCAAGCGCAGCCUCUUCUUCAACAGGACCGAGGCGGCCUUCAAUGGUGCUGCACCCACUGAGCUGGAUAAGAUGGCCGAUGGGGACAAGACGGACGGUGGGGACAAGACGGACAGUGGGAAGGUGACGGGGGGCUGGCGCCAAGCCGUGCUGUGCCGCAUGCUGCGGGAGGUGUGCGCGUUGGCCAAGCAGUCCCGGCUCCAGCUCUGGUCCUUCUGGUGGAUCUUCAAUUCAGCUGGCUACUACCUGGUGCUGUACUACGUGCAGAUCCUUUGGGACGACAUCUACCCGGCCAGGGACAACCGGCGGGUGUACAACGGUGGGGUGGACGCCGCCUCCACGCUGCUGGGAGCCAUCGCCUCCUUCGCAGCCGGUUACUUGAAGAUCCGCUGGGCACUGUGGUCGGCGCUGGUGAUUGGAGUGGUGACAGCCAUACAGGCGGGGCUGCUGCUACUCAUGAACACCACUGCAAACAUCUGGCUCUGCUACACAGCCUAUGUCCUCUUCCGUGGCUCCUACCAGUUUCUGGUUCCCAUCGCCAUUUUCCAGAUAGCUACCUCCUUAUCCAAAGAGCUCUGUGCCCUCGUCUUCGGGGUCAACACAUUCUUCGGCACCGUGCUGAAGACCGUCAUCACCAUCAUUGUGGCUGACAAGAGGGGCUUGGGUCUCUCUGUGCAUCCCCAGUUCUACGUCUACUUUGGCUACUUUUCACUGCUGGCACUGAUCUACCUGCUGAUGGCCGUGGUGGUGGUCAUCCGGCACAGCCGCCGUGCGCAGCCACCAGAGCUGAUCCCCAUUGAGGGGCAAGUGCAGGAGAAGAGCCCUGAGGCAGCUACCGUGCAAGCCUGAGUGCCAGCACCCAGCGAGACAGGAUGGCAGGAUGGACAAGCUCCUUUGGCAUGGCUCAGUCAACCUUGGUCAUGGCUCAACCAACGAGCGUCACCGCCAGCACAUGCUUCCAUCUUUCUGACAGUGCUGAGCUUUCUGCCCCGGCUGCCCCGUGACCAGCAAGAUGCUGGCAGUACACAGCUAGCACCCAGCCCCGAAAGUCAUCUUCCACCCCCUACUUGGGGCCCAAACAUUCCCCAGCAGAGGCAGGAUGCCUGUCGCAGCACCAAAGGGUACCACACAAGGGGUAGCCCUGUUGUCCUGCAGAGCUGUGCGGAGCCAGGCUACAAGAGAAUAACGUUUUUUUAUUCAGUGCCUUUAGAAAAUGGUUUAUGGG